AUGGUUGUGCACUCCAAGAAUGAGGCCUUGAUGUGUAAGGUAUUACUGUCCAGCUUAGGGCCUGUGGUGAUGAGGUGGUUUGAUGGCCUAGGUGCAAGUUCCAUUGAUUUCUUUAGGGAGCUCAUCCAGGCGUUUGGAUCUUGUUUUAUUACGUGUAGUAAGGUUCCUCAGCCCUUAGAUUCCCUAUUGUCCAUGUCCAUGCAAGAAGGGGAGACCCUAAAAACGUAUUUGGACAGAUACUGGGAGAUGUUCAAUGAGAUCGAUGGGGACUUUGAUGACAUGGCUAUAAAGACUUUUAGGGUCAACCUACCUACUAAGCAUGAUUUGAGAAAAUCUUUGACCAAAAAGCCGGUAAGGAGUUUGCAUUGGCUUAUGGAUCGUAUUGACGAAUACAAGCAGGUUAAGGAAGACCAGCAGCAAGGGAAGGGAAAGGAUAAGGUGGUAAACACUGUGUUCCGAGAGCCAGUACAUCAAGUUUUUGAGAAAAUCAAGGAUGAGUCAUACUUCAAAUGGCCAAACAAGAUGGGAGGAGACCCCAUGAGGCACAACCAAAGUCUUCAUUGCCAGUACCAUCAGGAGCAAGGGCAUACCACCGAGGACUGUAAAACUCUAUGGAAUCAUUUGAAGCAACUGGUCAGAAAUGGAAGGUUACAACAGUUUCUGUAUUGGCCCAAUGGGCAAGGAGACCAAGCAAGGUCAAGGGCUCAAGGGAAUGCUUCUUCAAGGUCUCCUUUGGGCACAAUUAAUGUCAUCUUUGCUACACUUGGGAGAACUGGUUCUCAUCCCUCCAAGGUGAUGUCUGUAGCUCGACUAUCCGUCGAAAACUCUAAUUCUAAGCCGAAGAGGGUUAGAGUGGAGAUCCAACCGACGCUGAGUUUUUCAAACGAAGACAAGAUUGGAACCAUACAGCCACACGAUGAUGCUUUAGUGGUCACCCUCAAGAUAUGA